UCUUGUUUUAAGCGCAACUUCUCACUUUUCUUCGCGCUUCGAUCUUCCCCCGUCUCUUUCUCCAUCACGCCCUUUCCCUUCCAUUCUAUAUCCCCGCUAAUACUCUCUUCACUGGUUUACUACAGUUUUCCCUUCAAUUCCUGAAUUGCAGUAAAUAGGAAGGCGAAGAAGCAGUUGGAAUUUGGAAUUUGGAACCGGAUCGAACUUUCAUUCUGAAAUGGAGACGUCCCGGAAAAUCUGCGCGCUUUUUCUAUUUACUCUCCUUGCUCUGUACCAGUCUCUCGCCGAAGAUGCUCCGGCGAUUGCUCCCGUACCGGAAACCGCCGCCAACGAUUCCUCCUUUUCCACAACUCCAUCUGGUUCUGUAUCUCCUCCGGCUCCUCCUCCAUCAGAUCUCGGAUCUCCGUCUCCGUCACCGUCACAUUUGAAUGCGAAAUCGUCCUCACCGUCAUCGUCAGUGUCUCCUGAUCCGAAUUCACAAGACGCAGCGGACAGUCACAGACAUGACCUGGAUAUGAGUAUGCAUGAGGAGAAAUCCAGCGGCAGGGGAAGGAAGGUGGGCAUAGCUUUCGGUGUCAUCUCCGGCGUCUGCGUCGUCGGAUUUGGAGCCGUGGUUUAUAAGAAACGUCGGGAGAAUAUCCGGCGAUCUCAGUAUUGAAGAGACGGCCGCGGUUCGUUUCGCUAAUGCGCGUAAAUAUCGGGACAAGGUAACCGUGCUCCUAUAAUAAGAAAUUGAUUAUACAUAAAUCUUCCGUAUGGAUAGUUUUGGUAGGAUACCCGAUUUGGAUAUGAUUGGUUCGACGCUUUUCUGGUUUGUUAGAAUUUGUGACAUUAUUAUAUGGAGAAUCAUUCUUACUAUUACUAUUAUUACUAUUAUUACUACUAUACAAG